AUGAAGACAUCCAUCAUCUCUACCAUCACCAUGCUGCUCAUCUCCAGCAGCCUGGUUGAUGCUCGCAAAUGCGUGUGUCUUUUCAAGAACCAGGACGGCAACGACCAGGGCUCCCAGGGUUCCACUGCCCACUGCUGCGGUGACGACGUUGUCAUUGCACCUUUCCACAAGGCGGAGUUCUACUGCCCUAACAGACGGGAGACCCCCGCCGAGUUCCAUGCUUGCUGCACAGGCUGGAUCCACAGCUCCUUCGGAAGCUGCGACUAA